UUAAUAUUUAUAAUUAAUUUUCAAACAUCCGAUGUGAUAGGAACUUAGAAGUUUUAGUCCCAUCUAAACAUGGCCUAACUCUUCUCCCACCUAUCCCUCUCUCUUCCCCGGAACGAGAUCGUCUGACGUUUCUUCCCCAUCUCUCGGGCAGCGUGAGGCGAGAUGGGUGGCGCGCGGCGGCCGACGGGAGAGGAGCGGCGUAGCGGCCGGCGGAGGCCGCGUCCCCGUGGCCCCCUCCGCCGCUCCCCCCGUUGUCCUCGCUUCUUCCCCCCGGGCCGACGCCGCUGCCGCCCUCACCACCGUCGCGUCCGCCAUCGCCGAUUCCUUCCGUGACCUGUUCCUCCUGUCCCGCCACUGGGCAUGGCGGAGCGGGACGUGUUCGCGUACACGGCCAUGAUCUCGGGGCUGUCGGACCACAGCCGAUGCGUGAAGGCCAUCGAACUGUUCGAGCGGAUGCAGGAGGAACGGGGAGGGCAGGGCUCAUCGGCCAGGCAAGGGAGAUCUUCGGGAGCAUGGCGGCGAAGUACGGCAUGGAGCCCGGCGUGGAGAACUAUGGCAGCCUGGUGGAUGUGCUGGCGGGGAUGGUGGAGGAGGCGGAGGAUGCCGAUGAGGCCCGACUAGUGCGUGCUGGGGGCGCUGCUGAAUGCGUGAAUGGCGCGCGGCGACACUGAGGCCGGGAAGGAGGUGGCGGCGAUGAUGGCGGAGCUGGGGCUGGACGACCACAGCGGGGUGCAGGUGCAGCUGUCGAACCUGUAUGUGGGGCGGGGGAAGUUGGGGGAGGUGGCGGGUGUUCCACCUCCAUGAUCCAUCGGCCAGCGACAUGGCGACCUCAGCGUGGUGACGGCGUCCAAGUACUCCAAGGUUCCUCAACCCGUAGGAGUUAGGACACGCCCCAUCGCGCCACCGCCGACCUCCCUCUCGUCGUCUUCAGCAACGUGCACUGGGGCCGCUUCCAGGAGGCCGUCCUCGAGCUCAGGCAUGACGUCGCCGAGGCAUGGCCGCAUGGGCGGCGCUGUGGAGGGACGACGCCACGAGGUUCGCGGCCGCCGUCACGUCCCAGUGCAGGGCCGAGAAGGAUCUCUGUUGCCUCGCCGCCGCUGCCCUCAAGCACUCGUCGCGCCUCGGCUUCGGCUCCAUCGCGGAGGAAACCGAGAUGGCCGCCGCGGCGCCGUGCUCAUGGACAUCCGCCGCUGUGUUCAUGGCUGCCGUAUUCAUGUCAUUGCCGCGGCAUCCUCCUGCAAGAAGACGCCAGCGUUUGUGGCCUUCUACCAGAAGGCCUCGCCGGAGACGGACGAGGUGGCUCUUGAGUCUUGGCAGGUUCGAGGCGUUGGAACAAUGCAUCGACGAGUCCAAUAGCAGCUACUCCAAUGUGUUCAGGAGCAUUCUUCAGACAAGGGUUGCGCUGCUCAAUAUUCAGACAAGGAUUGGAACUUGGAAGCAAUGUAUUCCUCCCAAGGAGAUUUUGUUCCAACCCGGAGAUGAUUGGAGUUGCUUCUUACUGAUGAUUGGAGUACUAGAUUAUCAGUGGCUUCUUUUCACUGAUGAUUGAAUAUACUGCAAUGAGAUUUUUUUUCCUUCGUCACAAAGAGUACUCCUAAUGAAGAUUGGCACAAUUGUGAAUUGGGAGAACUAUGUGGGGGGUCUGUAAUGUGAAUGUCCAAGCCAAUAUGUAAUGUGCGGAGUGUGCAUUGUAUCUGUGACCACUUGAAUUAUGAGCAGGUGAAUAAAACCAAGAAGAUGCAGAUGCCAUCAA